AUGGGCUACUGGAUUUUGAAUGAAACUACAACUUUCCUAAUCAUGGUAACCUGGCUGGGAUUAAACAUAUAUCUAUUCAUUGAUACCUUUUUGUGGUACGAGAAGGCGGAAUCUUUUCUCUAUACACGAAUUAUUCUUGGUUCAGCCUUGGCAUGGGCAAGAGCUUCUGCAAUGUGUCUCAACUUCAACUGCAUGCUUAUCCUGUUGCCAGUUUGCCGAAAUUUUAUUUCAUUCCUUAGAAGAACGAGCACAUGCUGCAGGGGAAAUCUAAGGAGAAUACUGGACAAAAACAUUACUUUUCACAGACUGGUUGGUUAUAUGAUCACAUUACAUGCAGCAAUCCAUAUUGUUGCACAUUUGACUAAUAUAGAGCGUUAUCACAUGGGUCAAUCAAAAGAAGCUGAAGAGUUAUGUAAGAUGCUCUCUUACAUUGGAAACAACUCAGAUGAGAGUUAUUUAAAUCCAGUUAGAGACUACAACACAAACACGACUAAAGAAGUUUUUACUACAUUAGCUGGAAUCACGGGUUUUGUUAUUACACUGGCUCUUAUCUUAAUCAUAACUUCCUCUACAGAGAGCAUAAGAAGAUCAUAUUAUGAAGUAUUCUGGUAUAUGCAUAACCUAUCCAUUAUAUUCUUUAUUGGCCUUGUCAUACAUGGUGCAGGACAGGUAGUCCGGGGUCAGACACAGCAAAGUAUGUCACUACACAAUAUUUCCUACUGUAAAGAUCACUAUAAUAAAUGGGGAGAACUUGCACAAUGCCCAUUACCCGAAUUUUCAGGCAACAAACCAGUGACUUGGAAAUGGGUGGUUUGUCCUUUUGUACUGUAUACAUGUGAAAUGAUAAUUCGUUUUUGGAGAUCAAAGCAAAAAGUUGUCAUAACAAAGGUGGUUAGACAUUCUUCUGGGGUUUUAGAGAUUCAAAUGAAAAAACAUGGCUUUAAAAUGGAGCCAGGUCAAUAUAUUUUCCUUCAAUGCUCUACUGUAUCACGAUUAGAGUGGCAUCCCUUUACACUCACUUCAGCUCCAGAAGAGACAUAUUUUAGCAUACAUGUGAGAGCAGUUGGCGACUGGACAGAGGGACUCUUGAAAGCUUGUGGAUCAGACAAACAAAUACUCCUUGAGCCAUGGCAAAUUCCAAGACUGGCUGUAGAUGGACCAUAUGGAUCAGCAACCAUGAGCGUAUUUCACUAUCAAGUUAGUGUAUGCAUUGCAGCUGGGAUCGGAGUCACACCAUUUGCUGCAGUACUAAAGUCAAUUUGGUUCAAGCACUGUAAUCCAAAUAUUCAUAUGACUUUGGAAAAGGUAUAUUUCUAUUGGAUUUGCAGAGACACACAUUCAUUUGAAUGGUUUGCUGACCUUUUAGUGUCCUUAGAGGAACAAAUGGUAGAAAAAGGGAAAACCCACUUUUUAAGUUAUCACCUUUUUCUGACAGGAUGGGAUGAAAACCAGGCUGCACACAUUGCUGUACAUUAUGAUGGCAAUUUGGAUGUCAUUACAGGCCUGAGGCAUAAAACAUUCUAUGGAAGACCCAACUGGCAUAAUGAGUUUAGAUACAUCGCAAAUCAUCAUCCAAGUAACAGCAUAGGAGUAUUCUUUUGUGGACCAAAAUCCCUAUCCAACAUACUUAACAGGAUGUGCAAUUUGCAUUCAUCAUCUGACCCAAGAGGUGUUCAUUUUCAUUACAAUAAGGAGAGUUUUUAA